AUGGCAAAGUCGACAACAAAGGGAACCAAGAAGGUCAAGGCUUCUGCCCCACCUAAGAAGGUUUCAAAAGAAGAAUCAUCAUCAUCGAGUGAAUCAUCUGAUGAUUCCAGCUCAAGUUCUUCAAGUGAAUCUUCUUCAGAAGAGGAAGAGGAAGUGAAGGAAGAAAAAGAAGAAGAAACUUCAUCUAGCUCGUCAAGCUCAUCAAGCGAGUCUUCAUCCUCCGACGAAGAGGAAGAGGAAGAAGAAAAAGUUGCAGUGAAGGAAGUUGACAAGAGCAAGAAAAAGAAAAAGAGCCCUUCUCCAAGCUCAAGUGAGUCAUCAUCAUCAUCAUCCAGUGCAAGCUCGAGCGAAGAUGAAGAAGAGGAUGUUGUUGAAAAGAAGGAUGUCAUGAAAAUAACAAAGUCAGGAAAAGAGUCCACUUCAAGCUCAAGUGAGUCGUCAUCUUCUUCUUCAUCUAGCGAAGGAGAAGAAGAAGAGGAAGCAGCUGUUGAAACUGUUGAAAAAACCAAAAAGACCAAGAAGAGCUCCAGCUCCAGCUCCAGCUCAAGUUCUAGUUCUAGCUCAAGCUCAAGUUCUGAGUCAUCAUCAGAUGAAGAAGAAGAAGAAGAAGAGGAAAAAACCGUUGAGACCAAGAAGACUGUGAAAGAAAAAGAACAGUCGUCAUCAUCAUCAUCCGAGUCUGAUUCUGACUCCGACUCCGACUCCGACAGCUCAAGCUCGAGCUCAUCAUCUGAUUCCGAUUCCGACUCUGACUCUGACUCAGAUGCUGAUGAAGAAAUGGAAGAAGCUAAAGAAGAAACACCAAAGAAGCGUAAGAUUGAAGAAGUGGAAACAAUCACCCCAGCUUCAAGCAAGAAACCAAAAGCUGGAUCAGAAGAAGAAACUAGCGAAGAAGGUGCUACGUUGUUUGUUGGUAGAUUGUCAUGGAACAUUGACGACGAGUGGCUACAAAAGGAAUUCGAGCAUCUUGGAGACGUGAUUGGUGCUCGUGUGAUUAUGGAGAGAGCCACUGGUAAAUCUAGAGGUUACGGAUACGUUGAUUUCAAGACUAAAGCAGCUGCUGAAAAGGCCCUUGAAGAAAUGCAAGGCAAGGAGAUUGACGGCAGACCAAUCAAUUUGGACAUGUCUACUGGUAAACCGCAUGCUUCCAAGGCAAAUGCCGGUGAAAGAGCUAGACAGUUUGGCGACUCCCAAUCGCCACCAAGCGAUACCUUGUUCAUUGGUAAUUUGUCCUUCAAUACCGAUAGAGAUAAAUUGUUUCAAGUUUUCGGUGACUAUGGUAAUGUCAUCUCAGCUAGAGUUCCCACCCACCCCGAUACUCAGCAGCCAAAAGGAUUUGGAUAUGUUCAAUUUUCCAGCAUUGAUGAAGCUAAAGCUGCAUUGGAAGCUUUAAACGGCGAGUACAUUGACAACAGGCCAUGCAGGUUGGACUUUUCUACUCCAAGAGAUAACAACAACAACAAUAAUAAUAAUAAUAGCAGUGGUGGUGGUUUUGGAGGUGGACGUGGUGGCCGCGGCGGUCGCGGUGGUCGCGGUGGCUUUGGAGGUGACCGUGGUGGACGUGGUGGAUUCGGAGGCAGAGAUAGAUCGAGAUCUGCCACUCCCGUUGGAACACCAACGAGGCAAUCAACCGAAUUCAAAGGUACCAAAAAGACUUUUGAUUGA